ACAAUGAAGCAAAUUCUUGUAGUAUUUCUCAUUGUGUCUUUUGCCGAUGGGAUAAUUCGAAUUCCCUUGAAGAGACAGAAUUCAUUGCGAAAAAGUCUUAAGGAGAAAGGAAAGCUUUCACAUUUAUGGACAAAACAGGGACUGGAAUUCCUGCAGUACAGUGAAUCUUGUAGCACUCCAGAAGCUGCAAGUGAGCCUCUUAUGAACUACUUGGAUGUGGAGUAUUUUGGGCAGAUUUCUAUUGGUACACCCCCUCAGCAGUUUACUGUAAUCUUUGACACUGGGUCUUCAAAUCUGUGGGUUCCAUCUAUAUAUUGUACAAGUCAAGCAUGCAUGGAACACAACAGGUUCCGACCAAGCCAAUCUUCAACCUAUGUUUCAAAUGGUGAAUCUUUCUUUAUUCAGUAUGGGACUGGCAAUUUAACUGGAAUAUUAGGAAUCGAUCAGGUUACUGUUCAAGGUAUUACUGUACAAAAGCAGACAUUUGCAGAAAGUGUAUCAGAGCCAGGGAGCACCUUCCAAAAUGCAAAUUUUGAUGGGAUCUUGGGAUUGGCAUACCCCAGCCUGGCUGUUGAUAACUGCAUUCCAGUCUUUGACAACAUGAUUGCACAAAACGUAGUGGAAAUGCCUUUAUUUGGUGUCUACAUGAACAGAGAUUCGAACUCUGCAGAAGGUGGAGAACUGAUGCUGGGUGGCUUUGACACAUCCCGCUUCUCUGGCCAGCUAAAAUGGGUGCCAGUAACCGUUCAAGGAUAUUGGCAAAUACAAGUGGAUUCCAUACAGGUGGCAGGCCAAGUGGUAUUUUGCAGUGGCGGGUGUCAAGCCAUAGUAGACACUGGCACUUCUAUGAUCACAGGCCCAUCAGUUGAUAUCGAACAAAUGCAAAAUUAUAUUGGAGUCACAAGUACGGAUGGAGAGUAUGGUGUGAGUUGUUCUCUCAUGAGUCAACAGCCUACUGUCACUUUUACAAUCAAUGGUGUGGAUUAUUCACUGACACCUGAACAAUAUAUGCUUGAGGAGGGAGAUGACUACUGCAGCAGCGGAUUUCAGGGUCUAGAUAUUUCUCCCCCAUCAGGACCACUGUGGAUUCUGGGUGAUGUUUUCAUUGGCCAAUAUUAUUCUGUUUUUGAUCGAGGUAACAACCGAGUGGGUUUUGCUCCAGUGAUUUCCUAUGAAACUACAACAAAUGGAGCAUGAGAUAGUACAGGAAUGUCCUUUAUUAAUUAUAUUUGAUGUUGUAUCUUUUCAAUUGUAAUUACCUUUUGAUUAAAACAAAGGAGAAACCAUAAUCGUUAUAUAUGUAAAAACAAUGUGAUAAUGUGUGGUAUUAAAAAUUUACAAAUGACUGGAAAUCUUUUGUUAUAUUUAAUUAUAACUAUAGCAAAUAUCCAUAUUUUUGCCAAAUUCAGAUUGCUAAGCAUU